AUGGCCAGUUCCAUUCGAGAUACCGGGAUCUCUAUCGUUUAUGGACCUGAAAACAGCGCCCCAGUCGUAGACAUCCUGUUCGUACACGGCCUCGGUGGUCAUCCUCGGAAGACAUGGACUAGUUCCAAAAAGGCCCCUGGGAUCCACGAGCCGUUAUCAACCUUUGAGUCGUCAAGGAAGAAUUCUCGGAGGAGUGUCCUCGGUCGCGCUCUGGAUCGCCUCCAUCGAACAUCUCGGAACACGGCAGCAGAACCUAGGCCUGAACCUAGGCCUGAACCUAGGCCUGACGCAUUACACGACGAUGCCAACCCCGCCGUGGUCUUUUGGCCUGUCGACCUUCUCGCCAGAGACUUCCCGAAUUCACGUAUUCUCGUGUUUGGAUAUGAUAGCAAGAUAACUAAAUACUCGGCUGGCGCAGUCAGUGAGAAUAGUGUCUUUUCACAUGCCAAAGACCUUCUUUUUGCGCUUGCCCUGGAGAGGCCCCUCAAUCGUCCUCUGAUAUGUGUAGCUCACAGCCUCGGCGGCAUUAUUUUCAAGGAGAUGCUUUCGAGAUCUUCCUCAUCCACACGAUGUGAGCAUCAGAAUAUCCUUGAAUCGGUCGAAGCAGUUAUUUUCCUUGGCACACCACACCGCGGUAGUGUAGACAUUGCCGCUAAGGGGGAAGUAGCUCGGUCGCUGCUCAGUGCCUUAGGAGUAGCCACGACUCCAGUCAUUCUAGACUCCCUCGGCCUGAAGAACACAGAUCUAGAGAGAGCACAGGAGGAGUUUUCCCGGCUUUGGCAUACGAGUAACUUUCGGGUCAAGACUUUCCAAGAAGGGCUCAUUCUCCCUAAGUUGGGGAAGAAGGUUGUUCCUGAAUACUCCUCUCUCCUUGGAAACCAUCGCGAACAUGCUGAGACGCUGCAAGCUGAUCAUCUCGAGAUGUGUCGGUACUCAGGGGAAGAUGACCCAAACUAUCGCAAAGUCGCUGAGUCACUCGGACGCUGGGAAGAGAAGAACCAGAGCCCUGCACCGAGCGUUGGUGUGUCUCAAUGUUCAAGAAAUGAUUUUCAGGAUCAAGCUGGUAGAGCAUGGCGCCAGUCAUUGUGGUUUCCGGCCAUCAUUAGACGCUAUGAGACUUUGGGCAGCCCAGCUGAUCAGACAUGUCAUUGGCUUUUUGAUAAUGAAAACUUUCAAGAUUGGCUAAGCGGAAGAAACCAGGAAAGACAUCAAGGACUUAUCUGGAUUAAAGGUAAACCGGGCUCUGGAAAGUCAAUGUUAAUGGGAGAAGCGUUCCGUCGAGCAACCCGAAGACAAGCAGAAGCGUCAGCCCCGUCUCAAACAGCGGCUUUCUUCUUUAGUCGCAAGGGUGAUCAACUUGAGCACUCGGUUUUUGGUCUUUUUCGGUCUUUGAUCUAUCAGCUCUGUUCCAAAAACCCGCUUUUCAUGCAAUCUUUUCAGGAAGUUUGUGAUGCAAAGACCAAGACUGGAUGCUUCAUGGCAUCAGAAGCUUUGACUUGGCAAGAAGCUGAACUCAAGGCUGCCCUAGAAAAGAUGAUUCUCCAGAAGACAAGCAGCAAAUUAAUGAUCUUUAUCGAUGCUCUGGAUGAGUGCGACUUAGGUAGUGUGCGAGAUCUGGUUUACUUCUGGCGGAAGAUCACAAAGUCAGCCUUCGCUUUGGGGAUCGAUCUGAAAGUCUGUCUAUCGAGUCGGCAUUCUCCCUUUGUCACUGUGAGUGACUGCCCAGAAAUCAUCAUGGAGCAACACAACGGUCACGAUAUCUCGACAUAUCUAAAGCAGAGGAUCGAGAUUGGAAUUGGCAUCCACAACUCACAAUGGCAAAUCUUGGAAGAGAAGAUCAGAGAAAGGUCAGAUGGUAUGUUUCUCUGGGUAGUCCUGGUGGUUGACGAGUUGCUUCGAAGCUGGGAUGAAGGCAGAAGUCUUGAAUACUUGACCAAGCGUGUUGAAAACACCCCGCAAGCUCUUGAGACUCUAUUCUCCGAGAUGUUGUCACAUUUCACGCCCGAAAGGAGGGAUAUCGCUGUGAAACUAUUCCAAUGGGCUACCUUGGCCACAAAACCACUUCGUCUCCACGAGUGGCAUCACAUAAUGGGGUUUAUUAGGCAUCCUACGCCAACGUCACUUGCUGAAUGGCGAGCAUCAGAUUACUUUACAGCAACCGAUGAGCAGCUGGUGAAACAGAUCAAUACUCUUUCUCUGGGACUGGUCGAGGUGACAGGGGCGAUCGAGGUCCCGCCGCAUGGCUCAGGCUCUGACGUAUCGUCAGUGGGUGUAGACGCGGGAUCGUUGACCCUUGAACACGGUAGUACUAGGAUCGUACAGGUAAUCCACGAGUCAGUACGAGACUUCUUCUUGAGAGGCAAUGGGUUCUCAGCGCUAGACCCGAGCUUUUUUACCAAUCCUAUUGGCCGUGGACACUUGUCUAUCAUGGCCACUUGUCUGGACUAUGUGAGCAUCGGUGAGCUCGAUGCUUUGGUAGGGGCACGGCAACGACUUACCUAUCGAGGGAAGGACAAAAAUGAAGGAAAGAGCCCAGCUUCAUUGACGGACUCGAAUAGGGACUACUCUCUCGGAUAUGAAGAGCAUCCACAACAAGGCACAAUCACUCUACCUCUACGUCGCAAGACAAUACCAGAGGAUGAUAGCAGACCAGAAAAAGCUAUAACAGGCUCUCCCGAGUCACAUUCGUUUGUGGCUGUACAUCGAUGGCUGGAAGAGAGCGGCAAUUCUACUGCUGAGUCGGAUUUACUCAUCGACAUUCCACAGGCUCCAUUCUCGGAUGCAUCUGACACACUUCGCUCCCAGAUCCUCGAAGACCACCCUGCGCUACUCUCGUACGCUACAUUCGCACUGUUCGAACACGCUCGCCUAGCACCCAUCGAUGGGACCGAUAUAACUCCAAUUCUCGAUCAUCUUAAUGACGAAAUAACAUGGACUCGUUGGAAGUAUUUGAGAGAGGAUGUGCCGGAGGGAGUAGAACUGCUUGAAUUUUUGGAGGACUUGGGUCUUGUCUCAUGGAUCAGCGCUUUUCACGAUCGAUUCAGUCGUGGCCAAAAGAGACGAGGGAGUCCCCUUUCAAGAGACGUCCCAGCAUCACCAAUUGAUACUCGAAGGUCUACUCUUUAUCCGAGUCAUCAACUGCCGGGAGACGAGUCACGACGGAAUUCACUUCCAGUGCCUCUUUCAAUACCCCCAGUUGAUCCUCAAGAACACCCUCCUCCGAUGACACGUCCAAGACGCCGAGGUGAGAGCCCCCAAAGUCUUAACCGCAUACCCAGAAGAAAAGUCAGUGUCGCCAGCUUCGGCUCUGCCAGUAGCCACGAUGGAUACGACAGAUUCUCCCCCAGACUCGAGUCUCCGGGGCCGGUUAAUUCCAAGGACCUCGGAAAGGCAAUUUUAGGAUUUUUCAUGUGUGAAUGCUGCCCCAAGAAACCUAAAAAGUUUGAUACACGAGAAGAGCUCCACACGAGUCUGAGAAACAAUUCGAGUGUUCAUACUGCGGUAAUAGAUUCAAGUCACAAGGGGAAGCCGAGAGGCACCAGAACUCGAUCCAUAUUAGAAAACAGUCUUGGUCCUGUUCAAACCUACCAGGCUACGACAGCGCCUUCCAGGAGUCCAGCCAGCGACCCGAAGAAUGUGACACAUGCGGAUUUUGUGGCGAUGAUUUUCCACGUUCUGGUACGGCCGGGAACGGGACCUAUGCUACUGAAGAAGAUCGGGACGAACGCAUAA